AUAUAUGAAAAUAAACUUUCUGAAUGGAGUAAUAAACUUGUAAAUGAUAAUACUCAUGUGAAUGAAGGUGUGUUACUUCCUCCUAGAAGAAGAUAUUUAUGCAUAGAUCCCUUUAGAGGAAAAAAUUAUAAAAAUAACGAUCUUACUAAUUUUAAAAAGGAUCUGCUCGAUGCUGCUUAUAGUCAAGGAAGAUUAUUAAGAAAGAAAUAUCCUAAUUAUAAUAAUGAAGCAUUACAAGCAAUGAAAUAUUGUUUUGCUGACUAUGGAAAUAUAAUUAAAGGUACUGAUAUGAUGAACAGUACAACAUCUACAAGUAUAAAAACAAAAUUAGAAAAUUUACUCAAAAAUGCACAAAGUCAUGCACAACACAAUAGGAGGAUCCAACAAUCUAAUACUGUUAAUGAUUGGUGGACCCAAAAUAAAAAACAUGUAUGGCACGCUAUGUUAUGCGGAUAUAAAUCAGAAAACAAUAAUGGACAACUAGAUCAAAAUUGGUGUACAUUGCCUAAGGAAGAUGAAACUGAUCAGGUUCUUCGCUGGAUGACUGAAUGGGCUCAAAAAUUUUGUAAAGAAAAAGUAAAAGAAGCUCGUUCAAUAGUUAAAGAAUGUAAUCAUAUCUUUAAACAAAACAAAUAUUCCACAAUUCAGGAAAUACAGAAUUCUCAUUGUAAAAAUUUAUUAACAAAAUAUGAACAGUGGUUUAAUAGAAGUAAAGAACAAUGGGAUGGUGUAAAUGAAAAAUACAACAAUCAUAAGAGCAUAAAGAAGAAUGGAAAUCCAAUGGAAAGUACUCUUGAAGGUUAUUUAAUAAAAAAUUGUUCUGGAUGUGACUGUACUUAUGAUGAUAUAAGAAGGGUUUAUGACAAUAAAAAUAACCCAAAACAAUUAUUCAAAGAAUUAAAACGAAUAGCUAUCAUCGACAAUAUUGAUCCUUCAAAGGAAAUAGUUAAAAAAGUAACAAAUAUUUUGGGAAAAGAUACAAAUAUUAUUAAUACUACUGAAAAAGCAAU